GCGGAUACGGUUGACCAGGACAAAUCAUGUGGAUUGUGCGAAGUGGCAUGGUAGUCUAGCUGUUUUCGGUGGAUUUGGUGAAAGUGGACGCUUGAGGGCUGCAGUUCCCUGGCUCCAGCGGGGUUGUCUGGUACACAGGGCGUUUAGGCGACGGAGGUGUUUCACAGGGCAGAGAAAACCCUCCUGUGGACCCUGUGGUGUGGUGUGGGCAAUGUCUUUAUCACAGGAGGAGAUAGAUGCCUGCCAGGAAGCUUUUCGAGAGGUGGACGUGGGCAGGCGGGGGAACAUCAACGUGUGGGAGCUCCGCAUCGUUCUCCAGGAGCUCGGGCAGAACCCCACCGACAAGGAGUUUUUCGAGGUGGUUAGCACGGUGGACCGGGAGAUGAAGGGCCUCAUCGACUUCACCUCCUUUUUGAAGAUUGUCGCCAGCCAGAAGAGCGUCCGGAGCAUCUGGUCUGGCGACAGCGGAGAUUUAGUCGACGCCUUCGUGGCUUGCGGUGGAAACCCGGACGAGACUGGGUCCGCGGACGUCGACAAGAUCGUCAAGAUCGUCAAGACAGACUUCGGCCUGGACGUCGACAUCGAGGCCAUCAUCGACACACUUGACGUCGACGGGGCGGGACAGCUAGGGUUCGCCCAGUUCAAGGAGAUGUUGACGGCCUCGUGA